AUGUCCACAUUUCCGUCUUCUGGUGUUCACCGUAUCGGCAGCACCCUGGGUAGUGUAUCCAGGCCGACCCCUGCCGGAGUCCUCAUUCACAAGGACCAGAAAGGCAAAGUCCUGGGUCGAAAGAAGAUAUAUCCUAACCACGAGAUCGUGAUUGGUCGUGAUACAGGUCGCUGUGAAUAUGUGCUCAACGAUCCCUACGUUUCGAAACGGCAUUUGAGAAUCUACACCGUGGUUUACGAAAACGAUGAGUCGUGCGAGAUUGACACGUUAGUCUACGCAGAAGACCUGUCCCAGAAUGGCACCUUCUGGAACGGAUCUCUCAUGGGCAAGGGCAAUGGGGGUUUUCUUCUAAGUGACAGUGAUGUUUUACGGCUGAGCCGCCAGACAUACCUCACCUUCGCAGCCAUUGUUGGUGGAGCAACAAAGGGGAUUUUUGACCAUACGCAGGAGACUGAAAUGAGAAAAUUCCGCAAAGACUACGUUCUUACCGACAGGCUGCUAGGUGCGGGCACCUUUGGUCGAGUGUUCAUGGCCGUCGAACAAACGACUCGACGUCAGGUUGCGUGCAAGGUCGUCGACCUGCGAAAGCUCGGCCCGCGAUCGCUAUCGCACUUCGGACGGCGAGAGGAGCCCGCUCCAGCUGACGAGGUCGAUACCAUAGCCCAGAAGCAUAAGAUCAAGGCGUGGGCCAAACAGCAGAAAAGAGAGAACACCUUGAAACGGAAGCUAUGUGCCUAUUAUCGUGAGGUGGAAAUUCUUUCUUCAAUUAGCCAUCCGAAUAUCGUAGGCGUCGAGAAGGUGUACAUCACAGACAAUACAAUAUACAUUAUGCAAGAUCUCAUUACCGGCGGUGAUUUAUUUUCCUACAUUGAGCUGAAGAAUGGGAAACUACUUGAAGUCGAGGCGGCGGUCAUCGUGCGACAGGUUCUGGUGGCUGUGCGUUUUCUGCACACCAAUAAUAUCGUCCAUCGAGAUAUCAAACCCGACAACGUUCUCAUGACGAGUCUGGCAGCGGGGUGUCGAGUCGUGCUCACAGAUUUUGGAGCAGCCCGGAGAAUCGAGGGUAGGCUUCAUCGGAUGUCGUCCAUCAUAGGCACCCGCGAAUAUGCAGCGCCCGAGAUAUUGGGAUUUGCACGAAGCAAUCUGGAGCGCGAGGCACCGGGGUAUACUCGAGCCGUGGAUAUGUGGGCAGUGGGUUGUAUAUCAGUCGUGUUGCUCACAGGGGGCCUGGCUUUCUGCGAUCCUGUCACAAACACUUAUUCGGAGCGGCUGGCUCGAGAAUGCAACUUGCGAUUUCUUCGCGAGUCAAAGGAAUGGCAGGCGGUCAGACCCCGGCCGAAGGAGUUUGUUGAACAGCUCCUGCUGCUCGAUGAGGAUGCCCGAUUGACAGCAGAAGAAGCUCUCGCCCACUCCUGGUUCUCCAACGGCGCAUACAAGAACGACUUCGAGGACUUGUAUCAACGAACAAUCAGGCACUGGCAACCGCGAACUCUAAAGUCCCGCGUGGUUUGGUUCCAAGACGGCGGGUCCAUGAAGAACUUGCUGUGCUCGCUAGGUGUCCGAGACCCAACCGGGCGCAGCCACUCCAGAUCAUAUUCGCCAGUCGAGCCACCUUACAAGCCCUUCCCGAAAAAUAUGCACUAUCGGAUAUGGCCAAAAGGAAAUCCAAACAAACGACUAUCUCCGGAGGUAUUAUCUGCUAUUGAGAAAUGGUCACCACGGUCUGCCGAGUUGAUAAGCGAGCAAUGGGUAAGGUCGUCUUCGAGAGCCGGGGGCCCGAGGUCAAAAUCCACCGAUACAGCAACGACCGAGAACCCCAGAGCUGGUUCAGAGCCUUCUCAAAACAGGCUUCCGUUUCAGGCACCACAAAUACCGGCUAAUGUGGACACGAGAAAUGCGAAGAAGACAGCCUUCAAGGAACACAUGGAGGACACCACAACUCGCAUUGACAUUGGUGAAUUGACGGCAAGGGCCGCUACACUGAAGGAUGGGGAAGUCCUUCUGGGGGAACGCUCGAGGUUUUCCUUCUCCGCAACAUCGAGUUCGCCCCAAGGUUUAGUCCGCGACAAGCUCUCCAGCUCUCAUUUCCCACUACCGGCUAAUUUGAGCGUGGCCAGCGCAAAGAGCAUGCAGCCCGAGUCUCCUACCACGCCAAAAAUGCUUCGGGACGUUGUGUAUCACGGUCGGACCUCAAGCAUUGCUGUCGAAAGCGAGGAUGAGCCAAACAUCAAUUCCGAUAUCACCACACCACCUCACGGGCGCGGCGGACUCAAACGACGGGUGUCUACGCCGCUGUUCACCUCUCAGGCCACGAGGAACAAGCGACCUCGCCGCGAAUCUAUCUUCGAGCUGGCCGAAGACAACAACAGCGACGAGCAUCGAGCCAAGCCGAGGGUCGGGACUGGUCGGAGGUCGUUAUUCGACCUACCUGCUAGUGAUAACGACGAAAACGGGAGUGAUAGCAUUCGCGCCGAUGGCGCCGGUUCUCAUCUGCAGGGACUUUCGCUCGUCCACCGCUCAAAGAAGGCAGCGGGCGCAGCAGCUCCGGCGGUGGCGGCCAAGCUCUAUCUUCCGCGCUGA